GUUAAAACGUCCUCGGUGCCAACACAUACAAAUCAAAUCUGUAUGCAUUGUAUCGGUAGAGAGAGAAAGAAAAGUUGACCAUGUUUAAAGCCUGAUUGCACUUUUCACUCCCUUGGCUGUGCUGUACUGUGCUGCGCGGCGCCCCUAUUACAACGCACACAUUUACACCAAAAUACAUCUUCUCUUUCUUUCUCUAAUCCCUUCUCUGCAUUUGUCUGGAUUUAUCACUAUCUCUAUAUGAUCUCCAUAGAUAUAACCAUACAUACAUACAUAUAUACAUACAUACAAAAUACAUACAUACAUAUGUAUAACUCUUUGUGUGUGUAAAUCAGGAUCGUCUUUUUAAUUUUUAUUAUUUGCAACACAGUUGAAGCAGAGCAUUGAUUUCUCUCUGCGAAAGUAUUUUAUUGGAAUUGAUGGAAGGCAAGUUCACUUAUCGGUGUUUGAUCAGACAGGCGCGCAAGACAAAAGGGAAGAUUCCAAACUUCAAGUCUACUGUUUUGUGCUGCCCCCACACCCACAAGAAAAGAGUACUUGAUUGUGCUGCACAAUAUGACAUGAAGGAAAAUCAGGAUACAGCAAAUUUUUCUUCUGAAAGUUUCACCAUGGAGACGGAUCACCUGACUUUGAAAAGUAAAGAAAUAUAUGUGCCAGAUGAUUCUAGAAUCAAUUUUGAUCCUCCAGCAUUUGAGAAAAAAGUCAGAGAUGAGAACGGUAAGGAUAUUGUUGCCGUUUCAGGUGAUAAUGAAAGUGGAACCAUAGAUUCUCCAAGAAAGGAUGACCAAGGUAGACUCUUAGAUAAUUUAAGAGGUUGGGAGAAAGAUUACGACCAAUCAUCUCAAGUCACACAUGAGAAAGAGAGCAGAAACCAGAUUAGUAUAGAGCACGAGAGUUUUGUGACAGUUAAAGAGUUUACACUUUGUAAUGAAAAUGAAUAUUCUAUUUCUCGACGAGGGGCUUCUGAUUUGUCUGAGCCAGUUACAAAUGUGUUCACCGAUAAGAAUGUAUUGGAAUAUGAACUGCCUGAGUUGGAGGUUAUGAAAGACAUAUGGGUUGAUAACGAGAAAAUUAAAGGAGCUUCGUCUAUUGAGGUUGAUAACGGCUGUGCUGCUAGUCAAUGUGAGGCCAAAGAAGAUAAUGAUGGAAAAUCUCUUGAUCAUGAAAGCCUUAACUCUCCCUCAUUUGGCUUGUCUGGAGAAAGUACUGCCAAGAAUUAUGAUCCACAGAUAGCCGGGGCAAAGUUUGCCUUGACAAAUAAUCGAGAAGAGGACUCAGCCGCCGAUGAGAAAUUUCCAAUUCAAGAGUAUGGAACUCACGAUUCCCUCAGAUCUUUGCUCGACUCUUUAGAUGGCGAGGGGAACAAACCAACUCAGCUGCCUGAUCAGAGAUUGGACUGCUUUGCUCCACAGAUACCUACACAAAUAUCCGUUCCUGAUGUUCCCAAUGAAUCAUCCUCAGAAGAUGGAAAAGGAAAACCGGAUGAAGACGUGCAACCCAAAAGCAUGUUGCACGACAUUAAUGUCGAAACCAGAAUCAUAACUUCCAAUUUCUCAGAUGCUGAGAAGGUACAAUGCACCAGCAGCAGCAUAUCACUUCCCCACCAACAGUCUCCUACCGCGGAGGAUAUGUAUCCCGACUUCUUAUCUGCCGAUAGCAAAAUCCAUCCUGUUUGCAGCAAAAUCGAUACUGAAGAAAAUGCUUGUGAACAACACAAGGAAGGUAAUUCUGAUGAUUCUUGCCCAGAGGGGCAAGUUCAGUUUUCAGGCGACAAGAGCCAUAGCCCAGCGAAUGAUAAUGCGCCAGCUGUCAAGCCAGACGAAGAACAGCAGGAACAUGGAGAGACGAGUUUCUCUGCGGUUACGUAUUCAGGGCCAAUAGCACUCUCUGGGAGCCUCUCUUACCGGUCAGAUGCCAGCACAACCAGCACACGAUCUUUUGCUUUUCCAAUAUUGCAACCCGAGUGGAAUAGCAGUCCGGUGAGAAUGGCGAAAGCGGACAGGAGACAUUACCGGAAACACAAGGGCUGGCGGUCGGGUAUCCUCUGCUGUAGAUUCUAAAGACUUUUCUGCUAUAGAUUAUCAGUGAAAAAUACACGNCGAUUAUUGU